AUGAAACUGAUUCAUCAUCAAAAACAACAAAUUGGAACAAUUUCAACUCACAGUACAACAGAUUAUAGUAGAACGUCAGAGUCUGAAGCUUCAGAAGUUACCACGGAGCAAAUUGGUACCGUUUCUACAACCAUAAUAUCGAAGUACCCUGUAAGUUCUGAAAUUCCAUUGUCGGAAACCACUACGGAGCCAGUGGGAACUGGAAGCACCUAUAAGCAAAUUGAAACAAGUUCCACAUUUGAAACGACAGAGCAUACUGAAGUGCCAGAGGUACCAUUACUGGAAACUAGUACAAAACUGAUGGAAACCAGCUCCACUUCAAUAUCAACAAGUUAUACUGAAGGUCCCGAGACUCCAGUAUCAGACACCACCACAGAACAGAUAGGAACUGGAAGCACCUCUAAGCAAAUUGAAACAAGUUCCACGUUCGAAACAACUGAAGCUACUGAAGUUCCAGGGGUACCAUUACUAGAAAUUAGCACAAAACUUAUUGAAACCGAUACAUCAUCAAAAAUAACAAGUUAUACUGAAGCUCCUGAGACUCCAUUAGUAGAAACCACCACAGAGCAGAUUGGAACAAUUUCAACUCACAGUACAACAGAUUAUAGUAGAACGUCAGAGUCUGAAGCUUCAGAAGUUACCACGGAGCAAAUUGGUACCGUUUCUACAACCAUAAUAUCGAAGUACCCUGUAAGUUCUGAAAUUCCAUUGUCGGAAACCACUACGGAGCCAGUGGGAACUGGAAGCACCUAUAAGCAAAUUGAAACAAGUUCCACAUUUGAAACGACAGAGCAUACUGAAGUGCCAGAGGUACCAUUACUGGAAAUUAGCACAAAACUGAUGGAAACCAGCACCACUUCAACAUCAACAAGUUAUACUGAAGGACCCGAGACUCCAGUAUCAGACACCACCACAGAACAGAUAGGAACUGGAAGCACCUCUAAGCAAAUUGAAACAAGUUCCACAUUUGAAACAGCUGAACCUACUGAAGUACCAGGGGUACCAUUGCUAGAAACUAGUACAAAACUGAUGGAAACCAGCUCCACUUCAAUAUCAACAAGUUAUACUGAAGGUCCCGAGACUCCAGUAUCAGACACCACCACAGAACAGAUAGGAACUGGAAGCACCUCUAAGCAAAUUGAAACAAGUUCCACGUUCGAAACAACUGAAGCUACUGAAGUGACAGAGGUACCAUUACUGGAAAUUAGCACAAAACUGAUGGAAACCAGCUCCACUUCAACAUCAACAAGUUAUACUGAAGGUCCUGAGACUCCAGUAUCAGAAACCGCCACAGAGCAGGUAGGAACUGGAAGCACCUCUAAGCAAAUUGAAACAAGUUCCACAUUCAAAACAACUGAACCUACUGAAGUGCCAGUGGUACCAUUACUGGAAAUUAGCACAAAACUGAUAGAAACCAGCUCCACUUCAACAUCAACAAGUUAUACUGAAGGUCCUGAGACUCCAGUAUCAGAAACCGCCACAGAGCAAGUAGGAACUGGAAGCACCUCUAAGCAAAUUGAAACAAGUUCCACAUUCAAAACAACUGAACCUACUGAAGUGCCAGUGGUACCAUUACUGGAAAUUAGCACAAAACUGAUGGAAACCAGCUCCACUUCAACAUCAACAAGUUAUACUGAAGGUCCUGAGACUCCAGUAUCAGAAACCGCCACAGAGCAGGUAGGAACUGGAAGCACCUCUAAGCAAAUUGAAACAAGUUCCACAUUCAAAACAACUGAACCUACUGAAGUGCCAGUGGUACCAUUACUGGAAAUUAGCACAAAACUGAUAGAAACCAGCUCCACUUCAACAUCAACAAGUUAUACUGAAGGUCCUGAGACUCCAGUAUCAGAAACCGCCACAGAGCAGGUAGGAACUGGAAGCACCUCUAAGCAAAUUGAAACAAGUUCCACAUUCCAAACAACUGAACCUACUGAAGUGCCAGUGGUACCAUUACUGGAAAUUAGCACAAAACUGAUAGAAACCAGCUCCACUUCAACAUCAACAAGUUAUACUGAAGGUCCUGAGACUCCAGUAUCAGACACCACAGAGCAGAUUGGAACUGGAAGCACCUCUAAACAAAUUGAAACAAGUUCCACAUUCGAAACAACUGAAGCUACGGAAGUGCCAGUGGUACCAUUACUGGAAAUUAGCACAAAACUGAUGGAAACCAGCUCCACUUCAACAUCAACAAGUUAUACUGAAGGUCCUGAGACUCCAGUAUCAGAAACCGCCACAGAGCAGGUAGGAACUGGAAGCACCUCUAAGCAAAUUGAAACAAGUUCCACAUUCAAAACAACUGAACCUACUGAAGUGCCAGUGGUACCAUUACUGGAAAUUAGCACAAAACUGAUAGAAACCAGCUCCACUUCAACAUCAACAAGUUAUACUGAAGGUCCUGAGACUCCAGUAUCAGAAACCGCCACAGAGCAAGUAGGAACUGGAAGCACCUCUAAGCAAAUUGAAACAAGUUCCACAUUCAAAACAACUGAACCUACUGAAGUGCCAGUGGUACCAUUACUGGAAAUUAGCACAAAACUGAUAGAAACCAGCUCCACUUCAACAUCAACAAGUUAUACUGAAGGUCCUGAGACUCCAGUAUCAGAAACCGCCACAGAGCAGGUAGGAACUGGAAGCACCUCUAAGCAAAUUGAAACAAGUUCCACAUUCAAAACAAGUGAACCUACUGAAGUGCCAGUGGCACCAUUACUGGAAAUUAGCACAAAACUGAUAGAAACCAGCUCCACUUCAACAUCAACAAGUUAUACUGAAGGUCCUGAGACUCCAGUAUCAGAAACCGCCACAGAGCAAGUAGGAACUGGAAGCACCUCUAAGCAAAUUGAAACAAGUUCCACAUUCAAAACAACUGAACCUACUGAAGUGCCAGUGGUACCAUUACUGGAAAUUAGCACAAAACUGAUGGAAACCAGCUCCACUUCAACAUCAACAAGUUAUACUGAAGGUCCUGAGACUCCAGUAUCAGAAACCGCCACAGAGCAGGUAGGAACUGGAAGCACCUCUAAGCAAAUUGAAACAAGUUCCACAUUCAAAACAACUGAACCUACUGAAGUGCCAGUGGUACCAUUACUGGAAAUUAGCACAAAACUGAUAGAAACCAGCUCCACUUCAACAUCAACAAGUUAUACUGAAGGUCCUGAGACUCCAGUAUCAGAAACCGCCACAGAGCAGGUAGGAACUGGAAGCACCUCUAAGCAAAUUGAAACAAGUUCCACAUUCAAAACAAGUGAACCUACUGAAGUGCCAGUGGCACCAUUACUGGAAAUUAGCACAAAACUGAUAGAAACCAGCUCCACUUCAACAUCAACAAGUUAUACUGAAGGUCCUGAGACUCCAGUAUCAGAAACCGCCACAGAGCAAGUAGGAACUGGAAGCACCUCUAAACAAAUUGAAACAAGUUCCACAUUCGAAACAACUGAAGCUACUGAAGUGCCAGUGGUACCAUUACUGGAAAUUAGCACAAAACUGAUGGAAACCAGCUCCACUUCAACAUCAACAAGUUAUACUGAAGGUCCUGAGACUCCAGUAUCAGAAACCGCCACAGAGCAGGUAGGAACUGGAAGCACCUCUAAGCAAAUUGAAACAAGUUCCACAUUCAAAACAACUGAACCUACUGAAGUGCCAGUGGUACCAUUACUGGAAAUUAGCACAAAACUGAUAGAAACCAGCUCCACUUCAACAUCAACAAGUUAUACUGAAGGUCCUGAGACUCCAGUAUCAGAAACCGCCACAGAGCAAGUAGGAACUGGAAGCACCUCUAAGCAAAUUGAAACAAGUUCCACAUUCAAAACAACUGAACCUACUGAAGUGCCAGUGGUACCAUUACUGGAAAUUAGCACAAAACUGAUAGAAACCAGCUCCACUUCAACAUCAACAAGUUAUACUGAAGGUCCUGAGACUCCAGUAUCAGAAACCGCCACAGAGCAGGUAGGAACUGGAAGCACCUCUAAGCAAAUUGAAACAAGUUCCACAUUCCAAACAACUGAACCUACUGAAGUGCCAGUGGUACCAUUACUGGAAAUUAGCACAAAACUGAUAGAAACCAGCUCCACUUCAACAUCAACAAGUUAUACUGAAGGACCCGAGACUCCAGUAUCAGACACCACCACAGAGCAGAUUGGAACCAUCUCAACUCACAGUGUAACAGAAGUUAGUGAAACAUCAGAAGGUACUACGAUGCACAUUGGGACAUUUUCCAUACCCAAGGAAACAGUGUUUACUGUAGUUUCUGAAGUUCCAUUAUCGGAAGCCACCACGCAACAGACUGAAGGUUCUAUGUAUAGUGAAAGAUCUGAAUCUCCAAUAUCAGAAAGUACAAUUCAAGCAGCCUCUACUAAGCUGACUACAGAAACUCCUCCAGAGAGUACGACUAAAAUUUCAGUUGUAGUCAUCGAAUGCAUUUCAAUAGAACUAGAAGCAAGUUUAAGAAGCUUAAUGAUCAUUGAUACUGAAAACCCAGAAACGAAAUUGUCAUUAGACGAGUAUCAACUACAAAUGAUCGAUAAAUCGCAUUUAUCGCGAUCAACAGUAAUUCUUUACAUCAACGCUGAUACCAAUAUAUGGUUCAAUGUUCAACCGAAUAGCACCAACUCUAUAACGAUGUAUCAUUUGGAUAUAGAUUGCGUGACAAAAUACGCAAAGGAAAGUGAAGAAUCAAUGAAAUGUAGAAAUGAAAAUUAUAUUAAGAAAACUGUUGUCAUGAAUGAGCCGACGGAACCAUCCCUUCCAAUUACAACAGAAUCAAAUAUCUCAUCUAAAGGAACAGAAUCAACAAUUUCUCCAAUCGUUGUUACAGAAACAUCUUUUCCAUAUGUUGCAACGGAAUCAACAAAUCUUCAAUACACAAAAGCGAAAUCAACAAUUGUUCCAUCUAGAGCAACAGAAUCGACAAUUGCUUCAUUCUAUGUAACAAAAUCAACGCCUAUUCCAUCCAGUACAACUGCUCCAUUUAGUGCAAUUACUAUUCCAUCUAAUGCGUCGGAAUUGGAAUCAACAAUUUCUUCAUUCAUUGUUUCAAAAUCAACAGCUGUUCCGACAAUCUAUGCAACUGACACGGAAUCAACAGCUAUUCCGGAUAGUGCAUCUAAAUCAACAACUGUUACAUCUAAUAUAACAGUGCAAACAAUUGAUUCAUCAACAGUUGUUCCAUCCGGUGAAAUAAAUUGGACGACUACUCCACACAUUUCCACGCCUACGACUGUUCCAUCUAGUGUAACGGAACAAAAAAUCGAUGCAUCAACUGUAACUAAAUCAACGGCUGUUCCAUCCGGUGAAAUAAAAUGGACGACAGCUCCACACAUUUCCACGCCUACGACUGUUCCAUCUAGUGUAACGGAACAAAAAAUCGAUGCAUCAACUGUAACUAAAUCAACGGCUGUUCCAUCCGGUGAAAUAAAAUGGACGACAGCUCCACACAUUUCCACGCCUACGACUGUUCCAUCUAGUGUAACGGAACAAAAAAUCGAUGCAUCAACUGUAACUAAAUCAACGGCUGUUCCAUCCGGUGAAAUAAAAUGGACGACAGCUCCACACAUUUCCACGCCUACGACUGUUCCAUCUAGUGUAACGGAACAAAAAAUCGAUGCAUCAACUGUAACUAAAUCAACGGCUGUUCCAUCCGGUGAAAUAAAAUGGACGACAGCUCCACACAUUUCCACGCCUACGACUGUUCCAUCUAGUGUAACGGAACAAAAAAUCGAUGCAUCAACUGUAACUAAAUCAACGGCUGUUCCAUCCGGUGAAAUAAAAUGGACGACAGCUCCACACAUUUCCACGCCUACGACUGUUCCAUCUAGUGUAACGGAACAAAAAAUCGAUGCCUCAACUGUAACUAAAUCAACGGCUAUUCCAUCCGGCGGAUUAAAAUGGACGACAGCUCCACACAUUUUCACACCUACGACUGUUCCAUCUAUUGUAACGGAACAAAAAAUCGAUGCCUCAACUGUAACUAAAUCAACGGCUGCUCCAUCCGGCGGAUUAAAAUGGACGACAGCUCCACACAUUUUCACGCCUGAGACUGUUCCAUUUAGUGUAACGGAACAAAAAAUCGAUUCAUCAACAGUUGGUCCAUCCGGUGGAAUAAAAUGGACUACAGCUCCACUAACUUUCAGGCCUACAACUGCUCCAUCUAGUGGGACGGAAUUCGUGAUGAAUCCCUUCACUCCGACAAAGUCAGCAGAAGGGUCCAGGUAUCCAAGCGGGUCGAAGUAUAUGAUGUACCCUUUAAUGAGGCCAUACAUGAAGUACCAGCCGAACGUAUUAUUCAAUGGAUUAAAUGGACUGUGGACAAAUUACGUACCGUUCUUUAAUAUGCUAUUUAAAAUGUACAUAUCGUAUAAUAUUAUCACUCCAGAACAAACAUGGAAGUUACAUGGUAUCUACAAUCUCUACGCAUCCCAGAUAUGUGAUCAAUUUAACUAUUAUAUGACGCUACCCAUGGGACUAUCGUCUCCUGAUGCGAAACAAUGGUUAAAACAAAACUUUAGAGGAGAUAACUCGCAAUCGAUGUUGUUACAACAAUGUUUACCUUAUAUCCACCAAAAGCAAUACAUGAAUUCUAAACGUUAUAAAAUAUACAACAUUUAUAGCAAAGGGUUGGGUGAUUACACUCCAUUUAAGAAUUUGUUGAGUAAUAAAAUGGUUCAAUGGAAUAACUUCGAGACGGUCAAAGAAAUGUAUGGAAUCAACCAAAUAGAAAAUCAAGGAAAAAACCUUUACGUGAAUAGACCCAAUAAAUUCAAACCAAGGAAAAAAGAAGAAUCAAACUUGCAAACACCGUUCUUUUGGAAUCCAGAUAUUUACGCUUCUUACCCCGACUUUCCCAAUAUUAGAUCAACUAACUUAAACGUAUCUGCUGUUAACGAAAUUAUGGAUCCCACGACGCAAAUCGUUCCAUAUUCCAAAGGUAUAUCUUGCAGCAGGAUUUUGUCUUUGUUAGGUUUGAUAAAUUCGUGCUUAUGCAAAAAAGAUGGAAAUAUAUGA